GCGGGAUGCAGGCCUCAUCGGGCGCGGGGAGGCUAGGCGCGGGCGUUGCCAGCCCGCCGCUUCCAGCGUCGCGAUGUGGGCCGAGGGCGACGACGACAAUGACGAUGACUUCGACGCCGCGAGCGCCACUUCGGAGCAGCUCAACGCGGCCGACGCAUCGUGCUACGUCGACCACCUCUUCCGCACGGCGAGGCUCGGGGUGAUCAACCCCGACAGGUGGAGGCGCUUCUUCCUGGGCCUCGCAGCCCGCGAGGAGGCGCGCCUGACCCGCCUGCGCGAGGAGGUCUUCUCCGCCGCCACGCUGAACGACAUGGGCAUGCUGGUCAAGAUGAGGGAGGAGCUGCCGAUCAAGCUCUGGAAGUUCUACGGGUUCUACCUCGGGCUCGUCGACCGCGCAAUGGCCCGCCGGCUCCCAGAGCAGCUGCGGGUGCUGCCCAAGCUCCACGGCGACCGCUACCCCACCGUGGCCCAGGUCGAGGCCGCCCGCGAGGCCCUGGACUACCGGCCGCCCGCCGGCUCGCCGGAGGCCGUGCUGGAGCGCCAGCGCGGCGAGCAGCUGAUCUCCGUGGUCGACAGGGCCUUCCAGCACGGCUGCGAGGUGGACCUGGAGGGCCUGCGCCAGGAGCUGGAGCACCCGGGCGCGGGCCCCUGGCGCACAUCCCUGGCGCCCGCCCGCGGGGUGAACUUCGGGGCCGACCGCGGCAUGGAGAACCUGGUGGGCUGGCGCCCGCUGCACUUCGUGGCCGCGGCCGUGGGGGCGCGGAGGACCGGGGUGCGAGCGGCCAUGAUGCUUCUCGAGGCGCGGGCGGACCCGUCGCUCGCCGACGGAAGCGGUGCCACCCCGCUGCACGCCGCGGCCACGCAGAAGAACGAGGCGAUGGUCGAGGUGUUGCUCAAGCACGGCAGCGGCCUUGAGCUAAGGAACCUGGACGGCUGCUCCGCCCUGCUCGCCGCAGCACGCAUGCGCAACGACGCCGUGGUGCGCCGCCUGGCACUCUGGGCUGUGCCCGAAGAUGUAGGCAAGCCGCUGGUCACCACCUCGGCAGAGCUGGCCGCGCAGAAGUUCAGCAAUGCCUCCUGCGUGCGGCUGCUCGCGGAGGUUGCCGAGGGCAACAAGAGCGCAGUGAGGAAGCUCGUCGUGGAAGGCAACGGGAAAGGCGGCGAGCUGGCCGACAUCAAUUCCUGCGACACGCUGGGGCGACGGCCGAUGCACAUCGCAGUGGCGCAGACGAGCAGCGAGGACAAGGCGGUGGUAAUGGUGCGGGCCCUUGCCUCGUACCGCGCAGAUCUGGACUGCCAGGACGUCAACGGCGAGACCCCGCUGCACCUGGCGGCGCGCUCCGGCCGCGCCGAUGUCGCGCGCUCCCUGCUGGCGCUGCGAGCCCACGCGGGCUUGCGCGACAGCGGCGGCUUCACUCCACUGAUGCUGGCGGCAGAGGCCUGCGAGGAUGCCAGGGCAAGGCUGCCCUACGACGGGGCUCCCGUAAACGCCCCAGCGCAGUGGGCCACCAUCAGGAAGAUCCUCUUGUGGGACGGGAACGGGGAGCCCCCGGUCCACCUCGCGCGCGCGUCCAUGCGGGCCAAGAGGAUCGCGAUGAGCCGCACGGACGCCGCCAGGGUCAGGGCCGAGGUGCUGGCCGACUUUGGCUUCGACGACCAGCAGAUCCUGGACGACCAGCAGCGCGUGAACCGCGGCGACCGGCUCCGGUUCGCCGAGACGUUGGCGGACAAGGGCCGCUGCCGCGACGUUUGGCGUUUGGUCGUCGCGCCGUUGCUGCCGCUGCACGUGCAAGGCAAGCUGCGCUCGCGCGUCUCGCAGCUGGUGAGAUACAUGUUGAUGGUUUUGCUCGGCGACCACGCCGACGUGUUCGGCGUGCUCCUCACCGUGGGCAUCUGCCCAGCGCCGUGCGCUCUCCCCGACUGGGUCGCGAUCGGCUGCGCGCUCGACGCCGAGGACCUCGGCCAGCGCAUCACCAAGCUGCACGAGCUCGGCUUCAGGCGCGGCCUGCCGAAGAAGGGCCUCUGGGUCGGCAGCGCGUGGAAGAAGGACGAGCUCCCGCGCGAGCCUGCGAGCGCACCCUGGGGCGCGUUCGACUACGUGGACCGCGAGACCGCGAAAGAGCUGAACAAGUCGAAGGCCGCCACCGACGAGGCCUUCCAGAACAGCCACUUCCCGCUCUUCGAGGGCGACCCCUCUGUUGUGCGCGGUGAGGCGGCGCCACUGCCGAACCGCGGGGACCAGCUGCAGUUGGCGAACAAGUUGUUCGUCAUCGACGCGCUGGGCUGCCGCGCGAUGGACCAGGAGCGUGCGCGGCUGCUCGGGACGCGGCUGUUGAUACCGCUGCUCGUGGAGACCUCGGAGGCGCUGGCGGCGCACGAGUUUCUCGAUAGUCGAAGCGUGGAUUUGCUUGGGGUGAGAGCGUCGAAGCCUUUCGACGGGGGCCUGCGCUGGGACUUCCUGCGUUACCUGGCUGGGCAGAUGGCCCUCAUGGGGCCGGGACCCGAGCAAGAGGCGCGGCAGACUUUCCACCAGGAGUGGCAGUUGGCGAGGAGGCACAUCGCCAGGUGCCUUCGCACGGGGGCACAGCCGGAGCUGGAGGGCCUGGGGCAGUGGGUGCCCGGCGCCGUGCCGGGCUUCGAGCACUUGGGCGCUUACGUGCAGCAAGCGGACAUCAUAUCCGAGGAGGACAGCUGGUGGCUGCACAGGAGAAACGACGCGCGCGCCUACGUGCAGCUCGUGCGUUCUGGGUGCGUGGACAGUUCCGGCGACUUCUGCCGCGUGGUCUGCGACAUCGCCGCGCAGUCUCCCGGGAAUUUCUUCCAGCACUUCUGGUCCGCGGCCUUCUACCUGCUACUCUGGGGCAACGCGAAGAGGCUGCAGCCAGUGCUGCGCGCCCUGCUCGAGGCCAAGCUGCCCGAGGGCGCCGUGAUCCAGGAGUUGCGGCUCCGCUCGCGCGAGGACAUGAUCCGGGCGGCGGCCCCCCCGAAGUCGGACGAGCUCCCUUGGACGAAGAAGAGGCCGGGCGCCACGGCGGCGGGCAGCGGCGCUUUCGCCGCGGCGGGCUUGCGGCAAACGGCGGCGCUGUCUUCCGACGCGAAGCUGCCGCCAGGCCCCAGCGACGUGUUGCGGGCGCGGAUCGUGUGCUCCAGCCUGGAGGCCUUCAGGGGCGCCUUCGAGGCCCUCUGCCCGCCCGACGGCUUUGGAACCCCCGCGCCAGCGUCGAGCUCGUCGGGGAGCGAGUCGCCAGGGGGGGGCAAGGAGGAGGAUGAGGAAGAAGAGGACGACACGGACAAGAAGCUGGCGCCCAGCUUCACCGUGCUCCGCGCCGACAACAGCUUCGUGCGCGAGCCAGCCUUCGACGGCGUGCACUUCGAGCCCGAUUCCUCUCCAGCAGGCUCCCAGUGGGGGGGCUCUCCCCGAGCGGUGAAGAGGAGCCCGAGGUCUGUAUUCGGGGCGUCGAUGGUGUCCUCCUUCAUGGGCCGGACGCCGAAGUCUGUCGCGACGAACCCAUGGGCCACCUCGGCGUUCAGUGAGACCGCGAGGAGCUGGGAUGGAGUCUCGAAUGGCGGCGCGCACAACCGCUCUUGGCGCGGGCCCGACAUGGAGCCCUACCGCGGCUUCCCGCGCGCCGGCGGCGUGCUCUUCUACGGCUGCGUCUCGCUGCCUAGGAAAGGCGGCGUCACGACGAACCAGCUGGUGGAGGUGGACCUGCUCCUCGAGGGCGCGGCAGAGGCGCGCUGGCUGCUGGAUUAUUGCAAGCUGACCUCCGAGGAGGCCGAGACGUGGGAGGCGGAAGACCAGAGGCUCCUGGCGGCGGAGCUGCGCGAGGUGGACGCCGCCAACGACCUGCAGCAGUGGCCGGGCGCCAGGCAGCCCAGCGGCCUGGAGAGGCGCCCCAUGUUCGCAGCCGUGAGGUGA